UGGCGCUGCAGAUGAUGUCUAAUCCGGAGUUAUUGAAGAUGGCCUCUGAAGGCAUGAAGAACUUGAGGCCUGAAGACCUGAAGAAUGCAGCAGAACAGUUGAAGCAUACCCAUCCAGAGGAGAUGGCUGAGAUUGGAGAGAAGAUGGCUAACUCAACGCCUGAAGAGAUAGCAGCUAUGCGUACACGUCUUGAUGCCCAGAUCACUUAUGAAUUGAAUGGAGCUCAGAUGCUGAAGAAACAGGGAAAUGAGCUUCAUAGGCAGGGAAAGUACAAUGAUGCCUUGCAGAAGUACUGUCUUGAUGCUGUCUCUGAUCUUAUCAAGGCUCAUGAAGUUUCUCCUGAUGAUGAAACAAUUGCAGAGGUCUUGAGGGAUGAUGAGGAAAGAUUACUGAAGGAGGGAGGUGCACAUGCACCAAGAGGCUUAGUAAUUGAAGAGAUAAAUGAAGAUGAGAGUGCAGCUUCUUAUGACAUUAAACGUUCAUCAACACAGUGUUCAGUCACACAAUCACGAGACAUCAGUGACUCAGGUAAAACAGAGAGAGUGUCUUCCAAUGGUGGUCUGUCAACCAAUUCUGAGCAUUUGCAGACUUUAAAAAAUGAUCCUGAAGAU